AAAUUGCGCGAAGGGAGCUGCAGCUGAAUUGCUGAUGUAAGGGGUUCAGUGCAGCAUUUCAUGUCGCAGGGUGGAAGGAAGCUUUGCAAUCUGCCCGGCGUUUUUUGCUAUCUCACACAUGCAAAUCCGACAAAAAAAUAUGCUGUCAAUAGUUAAAAACUGCGUAUUAUUUUCAGUUGUGUGCUUGUACAUAGCUACGCCGAUUUCUUUAAAAAGGAUUUCCAGAUGUCCUUCAGCAUGCAGCUGUUCCAAGGAGUCCAUCAUUUGUUUUGGAUCUUCCUAUGUCCCAAGGAUCAUCCCGAACGACAUUAAUUCACUGAGCAUUGUCAACGGGUCCUUCUCCGAGAUCAAGGAGACCAUGUUUGCUCACAUGCCAUCUCUCCAACUCCUACUUCUUAAUUCAAAUUCAGUGAUGACAAUAAGGGACGAUGCAUUUUCUGGCCUUCCACACCUGGAGUACCUGUUCAUUGAGAGUAAUAAGAUAGAGACGGUCUCCAAAUAUUCCUUCAGAGGACUCAGGGACCUGACUCACCUGUCUUUGGCAAACAAUAAAUUAAAAGCGUUACCCAGGGAUUCCUUCAUCGACCUGGACUCAUUGAUAGAGCUUGACCUGCGAGGAAAUGCCUUUGAGUGUGACUGCCGUGCGAAGUGGCUGAUGAUGUGGCUGAAGAGCACCAAUGCCACGGUUUCCGAUGUAAUUUGUGCCGGACCCAAGGACAUGAAGGACAAGCGACUGAACGACAUGGCCAGCCUGCACAAUGAAUGCAUCUCCACUGAUUUUAUCCACCAUCAGUCGGUGCCAUCAGAGUCUCUGUCUGUGGACACAUUCUCUUAUAAAAAUGACGUCUAUGUGGCCAUCGCUGCACCCAACACAGAGAGUUGUAUGGUUUUACAGUGGGACCACAUUGAGAUGAACUUCAGGACUUAUGACAAUAUCACAGGCCAGUCAAUCGUUGGGUGCAAAUCGGUCAUCAUCCAGAACCAGGUCUUUGUCAUAGUGGCCCAGCUCUUUGGUGGUUCUCACAUAUACAAGUUUGAUGAAGACCAGAGCAGGUUCAGCAAGUUUCAGGAUAUUGAGGUAUCCAAGAUCUCCAAGCCCAACGACAUUGAAGCCUUCCAGAUUUCUGGCGAGUGGUUCUUUGUGAUUGCCGAUAGCUCAAAGGCGGGGCUCUCCACUCUCUACAAGUGGAACGACAAGGGCUUCUACUCCUAUCAGUCCCUGCAUGAGUGGUUCCGUGACACUGACGCUGAGUUUGUGGAUCUGGAUGGCAAGUCCCACCUCAUCUUGGCCAGCCGCUCCCAGGUGCCUGUAAUCUACCAGUGGAGCAGGAAUGCCCAGACGUUUGCCCUGCAGGGAGAGAUCCCCAACAUGGAGGAUGUGGUGGCCGUCAAGACCUUCCGAGUCAAGGAGGACCUCUACCUGGCCAUGACGCGCUAUAUAGGUGACUCUAAGGUACUCCGCUGGAGUGGCAAACAGUUUAUGGAGAUCCAAUCCCUGCCCUCACGAGGUGCUAUGAUUCUCCAGCCAUUCUCCUUCAAAGAGCGCCACUAUCUGGCCCUGGGCAGCGACUUUACCUUCUCACAGAUCUACCUGUGGGACGCUGAUAAGAAACUCUUUGAGCGCUUCAAAGAGGUGUACAUCAUGGCGCCACGUUCCUUUACCGUGGUAUCCACCGACCGCCGGGACUUCAUUUUCUCCUCCAGCUUCAAGGGCAAUACACAGAUCUUCGAGCAUAUCAUCAUCGACUUGAGCUUAUGAGAUUUCCAGGGCUUCAGCCCCUGCAUCUUAUGUCUUCCAUUAUAAACGUUGACAUUUUUGUGGGGGAAAGGAGGGAGAAGGGUCCAAGAGAGGGAGAGGUAACUCAAGCAGCAUUAUCAAAUAUUUUUUCCUAUUAAGCACCUCUUGUGUUUGUAUACCAUUUUAAAUCGGUCAUGUCCCUACUGUUCUAUUGACUUUUAUACGCACAAGUAAUCUCGGUUAACCAAGAACUAAAAUCUCAAGUCAUUUGGUCACCUCGGUGAUUAAGUUGUGGAUCUAUACGUGGUAGUUCCGGUUUGCAAAGUCUUGCAAAAGGAAACUCUCAGCCAAGUCUUUUCCUUUUCCACAAUGUACAUUGCCUUAUCAGCACAGGCGUUUUAGUGUUUUGUUUGUCCUGCUGCUGCGCCAUCUAGCUAUGAAUAGUGAUCACUCCCAACUGCUUUGUCGAUACAGGGAAAAGUCGCAGCAGCGCAAACCUUUAAUAACAAUAUUGUGACACAGAACCAUUGUGAUCCCGAACCCAGAACUCUUAAACAAUGAUUAGCAGUACACAUUUAUGUUUGUAUUUGUUUAUAUCGUCUAUAUAAGCAGUUUCACAAAUAUUUGGGGAUUUACAAAAGUUUUCAUUGCUCAUAUUUGUUCUUUAUUCCACAUAAAUGUACAAUUACUCAAGACCCUAAACAAGUCCUUGCUGCAGAGUACAACUAGAUAUGUGUGUAUUGAUUGACUAAGGGCUAUAUUCAAUCAGAUCUGCUUUAGCCAACAACCAUAUAGCUUAUUUUUGGGGCUGUGUCAGAGGUGGAACUGCGUUAGAGCUGUCAAGUCCACAAGCAGCACAUGGCAUUAUACCUAAAGCAGACAUUGCCAUUGGCUGCAUGGAGUCACAUUACGAGAAAUCCCAUGCAGCCUUGUUGACAAGUUCAAACACUGGAAUGUGAGAUGUAAUCUAGAGCUCAAUUAGGCUGAUGAUUUUCAAUUUGAGCAUCAUUAUUUCUACAGUGUAUAUAUAUAGCCUACACUUUCUCAUUCUGAACUUCUAACGCAAGUAGGAUGGUUGUUGCUUCGUAACAAUGAUCUGCUCAUCUGCUCACCGAUUUGACAGCUACAACGCAGUUACACCUCCGACACUUACAAAACAUCAGUAAUGCGGGUUUUGGCUGUUGCCAACUCUUGAUCUGAUUGAGUAUAUGCCUGAGGCAUCAUCAUAGAUAUUGACUAUGCUAGCUUGAUUAUUAAAAACAUUGACCAAAUAAGUCAACAUUAAUGCUCUACAGAUGUAUUCUUUUGAACAAUAAUGAUACAUAUUAACAUAUUAACACAUACUUUCUGACAGAAACACAUACUUUCUGACAGCAAAGUUACAGUUGGUGAUCAGAGUUCAAAUGAAAAUGUAUCAUUUGUUUUGAAGAGAACACAGACACUAUAAUUGUAUUGUAGUUUUUUUUUUACAUACAUUUCCCGGCCUCAAAUGUAACAUUUGCAUAGUAUAUAAUUUUACUGGUAGCGUAUUUAACCACCAUAUGCCAAUAUUUGAGCCAUACCUCCAACAAUUCCUCUUCUAAAGAAACACGUGUAUGCUGCGGGGAACUGUCCACUGUAAACUCCUGUCUUGAGGACUAGUAAAAAUUGCUUUUCAUAGAAACAUAUAUAUGAAUGUUCUCUGCAUGUUGAUAAAUGAGGCCGACUAAGAGUAUGAGUCUACUUUAUUAGACUAUAGGCUGCUAGAGGAAAUUCCUGCACAGUCUGCAGGUUCUCAAUUAUCAUUUCUUUCACUAGCAGGUUGAAAUAUCCAGUAUACAACUGCGCAUAACCAGCUAGCAUUAGUAUGGUGGCUAAGUGUGACAUGUUUGCCUAUGGGAAAUCCUAACAGCUGCUUAAAUUGUUAGCUGAGUUUUAAACCAGACUUGUUCCUCUACUUUAGCCUCUAAUAUGCUACAUUGUAAGCAUGGCCCCAAUGAGUUCAGACAAGUUCAUGUACUGCAUGCAGGCAUUAUUGAUAGGGUUGAGUAAUUAUUUUAGCAAAACACUGACCCUUCCAGUGUCACAGCUCUGUAAAUAACUAGAUGUCUGUCUAUCAGACAAUGGCAUGUUUUAUGCGUUUUAUAGAUUUAGUCAACCUAUAACCUGAAUAUAGUCAAAAGACCAGGCCAAAUUAAUUAGAAGUUCAACAGUCACCGACAGAGAUUUAGCA